AUGGUUCGUUCAUUAAUCUAUAGUUCAUAGAUUUUAUUGAUUUGUUCAAAAUAGAUUUUAGUGAUGAAGGAUACAUAAAGUUCAAGAAUUACGCCUCAAAAUUUGAAGGCAGUCUAAUUAUAUUAGUUUUUUCUUAAAAAUUGUUUAAAUUAAUUAAAGAAACAUAAUGAUAUAAAAUUAUAUAUUUUAUUAAGCUGUUAUUUGAUUAACAAAUGUUUUAGAACUUUUGAAUAAACUUCCUUAGUUUUUUAUAUUUUUUAGCAUUAACUGAGGGCAAAUGAUUUUCAAUUUUAGGUUCUAUAUUUUCUUAGCAAAUAAUAAUAAAGUUAAGAUUCAGUAAAAGAAUUAUUAAAGUAAGACUUUUACAUUCCAGCUUUAAUUUUAAGUAUAGUUUCAGGGAAUAAUUCUUAUAAACUAUGCUAUAUUUUAAUUCAAUAAUAAAAUUAAAUGAAACUAAAAAUUCUUGUAUCCUUUUCAAUCUUAUCGAAAGCUAAGGCAAGGUUUAUAAUUGAAAAAGUACUUUGA